GGCGGGCUCUUCCCGGGCUGCGGCGGCGCGGAGCUGUCAGAGGAAGUCCAAGGCCUGCUCCGGCCAGCGCUACCCUGUGGACGUCGGGACUGGGAGGCCGGGAGGCCCGGGCCCGGAGGCGACGGCGGUGGCUGGAGCCCCCGUCCGCAGCGCCAUAUGAGACGGUUUAAGCGGAAGCAUCUUACAGCCAUCGACUGCCAACGUUUGUCUCAAAGUCACUUGGCUGCGACCCAGCCCUUCAGUCAAAGAUGGACAAACAGAGACCCGAACCAUGGUCUCUAUCCUAGACCCAGAACAAAAAGAGGGACUAAGGGUCAAGGAUGUCAAAGGUACAUCACUGAAUUCUUCCCAGCUGGCCAGCGGCAGUGUACCAAUGACAUGGCUAAAAGCAAUUCUGUGGGCCAGGACAGCUCUAAGGACUCAGAGGGUGAAAUGAUGUUUGUUACAGAAAGCAAUUGUGCCCUCUCUCAGGAAGAUGAUGGAGAAGCAAGACUGGGCUCGUCAGGCUCUGCUCUGCUGGUAAGGAAGCGCUCUCGGUCCUUUGAGGAUGAGAGGAAUCAAGCUACAGGGACCAGUCACUGGCAUGGGGUUUCUAAAAAACCCCCACAGCAUUAUUUGCCCCUGUCCUGCACAAAGGCCAGGGAAGCUAGACUGGAAGCAGAGGGCUUUUUGUCAUGGCUCUCUGCAGAGACUGAAGAACCCAGCCAAGAAGUGGAGAACAUGGAUCAUGAUCCCAUUCCUGACUCUUACUAUGGACUUCUUGGAACCUUGCCCUGCCAGGAACCCCAGAGCCAUAUCUGCAGCCUUCCCAGCGAAGUCCUAAGGCACAUUUUUGCUUUCCUCCCUGUGGAAGAUCUCUAUUGGAAUCUGUGCUUGGUGUGCCAUCUUUGGAGGGAGAUAAUUAGUGAUCCACUGUUCAUUCCUUGGAAAAAGCUGUAUCAUCGAUACCUGAUGAAUGAAGAGCAAGCUGUCAGCAAAGUGGAUGGCAUCCUAUUGAACCAGGGUAUUGAGAAAGAGUCGGAUCUUUGUGUGCUGAACCUCAUCCGCUAUACAGCCACCACUAAAUGCUCCCCAAGUAUGGAUCCUGAAAGGGCACUGUGGAGUCUGAGGGAUCACCACCUCCUUCCUGAGGCAGAGGCCUGUGUGCGUCAACACCUCCCUGACCUUUACAUCACUGCUGCAGGUGUCAACGUGUGGGCUUUGGUAGCAGCCAUUGUUCUCCUCUCCAGUAGUGUGAAUGACAUCCAGCAGUUACUCUUCUGCUUCAGAAGACCAAGCUCCACUGUGACAAUGCCAGACAUCACUGAGACCUUAUACUGCAUCGCCGUGCUUCUCUAUGCCAUGAGGGAGAAGGGAAUCAACAUCAGCAAUCGGAUUCAUUACAACAUCUUCUAUUGCCUGUAUCUUCAGGAGAAUUCCUGUACUCAGGCCACAGAAGUUAAAGAGGAAACAUCGGUUUGGCCAGGCAGGAAAACAACCAUCCAACUUACACAUGAACAACAGCUGAUUCUGAACCAUAAGAUGGAACCUCUCCAGGUGGUAAAAAUUAUGGCAUUUGCAGGCACUGGGAAGACAUCUACCUUGGUCAAGUAUGCUGAAAAGUGGUCUGGGAGCAAGUUUCUUUAUGUGACAUUUAACAAGAGCAUCGCAAAGCAGGCCGAGCGAGUCUUCCCCAGCAAUGUCACCUGCAAAACCUUUCACUCCAUGGCGUAUAGACAGGUUGGGCGGCAGUACCAGUCAAAGAAGAAAUUGAAUCUCUUCAAGUUAACACCCUUCAUGGUCAAUUCUGUCCUUGCUGAAGGGAAAGGUGGAUUCAUAAGGGCCAAGCUAGUAUGUAAGACUUUAGAAAACUUCUUUGCCUCAGCUGAUGAUGAGCUGACUAUUGACCACGUACCUAUUUGGUGUAAGGACAGCCACGGACAGAGAGUCAUGGUUGAACAGAGUGAAAAACUGAACAGUGUUCUUGAAGCAAGCCGCCUUUGGGACAACAUGCGGAACCUGGGGGAAUGCAAAGAAGAGGCUUACCAAAUGACUCAUGAUGGCUACUUGAAACUCUGGCAGUUGAGCAAGCCUUUGCUUGCCUCUUUUGACGCCAUCUUUGUGGAUGAGGCCCAGGACUGUACCCCAGCUAUCAUGAAUAUAGUUCUGUCUCAGCCAUGUGGGAAGAUCUUUGUAGGGGACCCUCACCAGCAGAUCUAUACCUUCCGUGGUGCAGUCAACGCUCUGUUUACAGUCCCUCACACCCAUGUCUUCUAUCUCACACAGAGUUUUAGAUUUGGUGUGGAAAUAGCUUAUGUGGGAGCUACUAUCUUGGAUGUCUGCAAGAGAGUAAGGAAAAAGACUUUGGUUGGAGGAAGCCAUCAGAGUGGCAUUAGAGGUGAUACAAAGGGGCAGGUGGCCUUGCUGUGCCGGACCAAUGCCAAUGUGUUUGAUGAGGCUGUACGCGUGACUGAUGGAGAAGUACCUGCAAGGAUACAUUUGAUUGGGGGGAUUAAAUCAUUUGGAUUGGACAGAAUCAUUGAUAUUUGGAUCCUUCUUCAGCCAGAGGAAGAACGGAAGAAACGAAACCUCCUUAUUAAAGACAGGUUUAUUAGAAGAUGGGUGCACAAAGAAGGCUUUAGUGGCUUCAAGAGGUAUGUGACCGCAGCCGAGGAUAAGGAGCUUGAAGCAAAGAUUGCUGUUGUUGAAAAGUAUAACAUCAGGAUUCCAGAACUGGUGGAAAGGAUAGGAAAAUGCCACAUAGAAGACUUGGACUUUGCAGAGUACAUUUUGGGUACUGUACACAAAGCUAAAGGCUUGGAAUUUGAUACCGUUCAUGUUUUGGAUGAUUUUGUGAAAGUGCCUUGUGCCAGGCACAACCUUGCACAGCUGCCCCACUUCAGAGUUGAGUCUUUCUCUGAGGAUGAAUGGAAUUUACUGUAUGUUGCAGUCACUCGUGCCAAGAAGUGCCUCAUCAUGACCAAAUCAUUGGAGAAUAUUUUGACUUUGGCUGGGGAGUAUUUCUUGCAAACAGAGCUGACAAGUAGUGUUUUAAAAACAGGAGUGGUUCACUGCUGUGUGGGGCAGUGCAACAACACCAUCCCAGUGGACACUGUGCUCACCAUGAAGAAGCUCCCCAUCACUUAUAGCAACAGAAAGGAAAACAAGGGUGGCUACCUCUGCCACUCCUGUGCAGAACAGCGCAUUGGGCCUUUGGCCUUCUUGACUGCCACCCCCGAGCAGGUGCACUCCAUGCCACCCACCAUCGAGAACAUAGUGCUGCCCAGACACGAAGCUCUGCUUUUCCUUGUCUUCUGAAAGCCAAGAGGAGCAUUCUUCAUGCACUUCAGGGAUGCAAAUGGCAGGUGAGGGAGUUGGCACAGCAUUGCCCAAAGAAUUCACCGCAUCUAGUGUCUGAGCCAGUCGAGCGGAGUCCAAGAGCAGACCUCAUAGCUUCAGUUGUUGCAGUCUCCCUUUAACUUCUCCUCCGUCAGGCCUCUAGUGGAGCUUAGAUGCGGGCCGGUGAGUACAGCAAGGGUGCUGUGGAUUGGGCCAGGGGUGCUUGGAAAGGGUGAAUACAAGUCACUGUUUGCAUAUGGAGGAAAAUUCACAGAAUUGGACCUAAAGACAAAUUUAAUGAGAAAGGGACAGGACUCUUUCAUCCACUUGGCUGGUAUUUCAGGCUUAGCCUUAUUUGAUUCUUAUGGAUAACUUGGAAUAAAAGAACAAGGGAAAGGGAAUUAUGUGAAUUUACAUUGGUUACAGUAUUCAUUGUUAUUCAGAAGAAUGGUUUGGGCCCUGACCGGUGUUCUCAGUGGUUUACAUUGGUUACAGUAUUCAUUGUUAUUCAGAAGAAUGGUUUGGGCCCUGACCGGUGUUCUCAGUGGUUAGAGAGCAUCAGCCCGUGCAACAAAGGGUCACAGGUUUGAUUCCCGGUCAGGGGCUCAUACCUGGCUGGGUUUUGGGUUUAUUCCCCAGCAUGGUAGUGGCAUAUACAGGAGCAACCAGUUAAUGUGUCUCUCACAUCAAUGUUUCUCUCUCUCUGUUUCCUGCCCCCCCCCCUCCCUUCCUUCCACUGUCUCUAAAAAUCAAUAGAAAAAAAAUAUCGUUGGAUGAGGAUUAACCAAAAAAAGAGUGGUUUGGGGCAAGAGUGGCAAGAGAGAGCUCAUUAACAUGUUUCCUGGAAAUCUAGUUUUGCCAACCAGAGAGGAAGCAACUUAUUCAUUGGAGGGCAAGUCAUUAACUCAGUGAACUUCACUUAGCACCUGUGGUGUGGCAGUUGCCAUGUUAGUGGAUAUAUGGAAUCAAAAUGCAGUCCCUGACUCACAGAGAUUGCUGUUUGUGUAAUUGUAGUUUGAGGUGAAAAGUGUUAGGGGGCUGCAUAAGUGCUCUGGGGAUGUGAGGGGUGUCUUUAUCAAAGCCUAGGGCCAAGGGCUGCCCCAAAGAGGGGUACUCUCACUGUGUUUAAUAAUAGGACAAUUAGUGAGCCAGCUAUUAAAGAGGGAAAGAAUAUUCUGGGAAGAAGGAACAACCUGAAGGGCACAAAGAAUGUGUGCGAUAAUGUCACUACAAGAACAAAAUGUCAGCCAGUGCUAGUAUUUUUGUACUUAUUUUGAAAAACAGUAGAAUCUAGGAAUUAGUACUGGUAUUUCAUUUUUUAAGAAUUAGUACUGGUAUUUCAUUUGUAGCCCCAUUUUUUAAAGAAUUUUUUAAAAAAUCAGUAAAACUAAAUAUUUGGUGUGUUUCAAAUAGAAAAAGCAAUGUUUAAGUACCCAGUAAAAAAUAUAUAUAUUUUAAAAAUAAGUAUUAAAUGUCCAUUAUCAUUUUAAUAUAAAUGAUUAGAUGAGAAGAAUAAAAGCAUUACUAAAAAUACAAAUUAUUAACUACAUGAAUAUGAAAAUCUAUUAGAUUAUUUUUAAGUAUAGUCUUUAAGAGGCUCCCAUGAUUUCAUUUAGUUGUGAAUAUACAGGGGUGGGCAGAAGUAUGUUUAUAAUUGUUCAUAUGGAAAAAGACAUGGGUUAUGCUUAUUAUAAGAACUUUAUUACCACUGUUUCGUGUACUCACUACUGUAAAAGAACUUUUGCCCACCGCUGUAUUUUUGUGCAGGAUUUUCUGUAGACAUUUUUUUUUGUUGUUUUAUAGCCAUAAUAAUUGCGAGAAAAUAAGGAAAAUAAUUAGAAGCUAGUUCCAAAUAUUUUGCUUUGGUUCAAUAAUUUUUUAAAAAUAAUUCCUCUUAUUUGAUAACUUAGAGGAGGUCUUUUCAAAUGUAAGAAUCGGUAAUACAUUGAUAGUAAGUUCUAGUUUUUUGUUUCAGAGAAAGCAUUGUUGAUUUGUCUUUAUCUUCUUUGGUUUUUGUCAUGUAUGUAGAAAUUCUGAUGCAGUUACCCAUAUAAAAAUAAAUAUUGUUAUGUCAUAUUCCAUUGUUUAGAAGGUACUUGUGAUAAAAUAAAAAAUAUUUUUGCAAAGAAGUGUUAAAAUACCAUAGUGUAUUGUAGACUAUCUAUUAGUUUGUCCUUUCACAGAUUUCUAAAAAAAUAAUGAGGUGGUGGUAUUAGACCAACCUAAAAUAUUGGCAUAUCGGUUUUUAAAAAUAUCACAGAAUACUAGCAAAUGAAAUUUCAGUCACUAAAGGUAUGAAAUUGUAGGAAAAGCUUGGGUAAAUAAGAUGUGGCCUGGGUGGCAUGGCUUAGUGGUUGGGUGUCAACCUAUGUACCAG